UCAAAAUAUGAGAACAUGGGAUGCGGAAAAUGUGAGUCCAAGAAUCAGUGCCAGAGACACAAUUUCCAUGCGUACUCAACUCAACCCAGCUCAGCUUGCUGAACCUCUUCACCACAUACAAUGCGCCAGGUAUGAUUAGGUGGCACCCUCUUUUUGCAUGACAAGCAACCCAAAAUCAAGCACUACACUACAUGCCACAAACAACUUCCACUCUUUAAGACGCAAGGAAAAAAGUGAACCCACUUCAUCCUUCAUUAUCACUCUAUUCAGUUUCCAAGAACAAAAAAACAGAGAAACCAUUCUCUCCUUGAUUACUACUAGUAGUAUUCUGAAGAGGAAGAAGGGAAAAAAAAGAGAGAGAUGGGUCACAAUAAAGGGUGGCAUUUGCAUAGCAGCAGUGGUGGGAGUACUCACAAAGGAAGGCCUUAUGUGUUUAUAUUUGUGAUCAUGUGUGGUGCUGCAUUGCUUGGUGUCAUGGUGCUUCACAAGCUUAGAGAGAGGCGCAUCUAUAACCUUCUUAUCAAAGAGAAAGAUCAUCAGCUUCUUGCUCUUCAGCUUCUCUUGCAGAAGGAAAGAGAUCGUACCAAAGAGUUGAGGGGUAAGAAUGAAGAUAUGAAGGCGAAAAUACUCGCUGUGAGAAGUCAAAAGGCGGAGCUUGCAAGAACAAUCGCACGAAUGCAAUCUACCAUGGAUUCACUGAAAGAGGAGCAGAAAGUGAUGGAAUCUGCGCUUGAGGAGAAGCAGAAAGAGCUCAGAGAAGUGCAAGCAAAAAGGAGCAAUUUGGGACAAGGGUACCCUGAAAUAAUGGCACUAAGAGAGAAUCUUAAGCAGAAGGAAGCAGAGAUAACGGACUUGAAGCGACGUCUUGAUAUCCCAGUAAACACCUUUUCUGAAUUUGUGACUUCUAAUGGAACAGUGAAGGCACAAGAUAAAAUUGAGAUUGGUGAUAAGGAAAAAGAUGGAAACUCAAAUGAGUCUGCCAGAUAUGGAGGUGAUGGCAAGCAUGUUACAAAUGAAGACGCAAGUAGAAGCGCCAAAACCAAGUUCAAAGAUGGCGCGGUCACAGCUGUAAUGAAAGAUGAAAUUAGGACUGAAGCAGAUUUCGGAAAGAAAACUGAAGACUCUCAAGAUGAUGGUAGUGCAGGUGACUCUGCACAAGAUACUGAUGCUGAAGUGGUGAAAGGUAGAGAAAAGAAAGCAUUCAGAGAGGAGCAGCAAGGACACCUCCAGAACGAUAAAGAUAGUGGAGGCCAGGAUUUUAAUGUGAAGAGGAAACAUGGCCACUUGAGUAGAACAAAGGGGAAGCGCUGGAGAACCAUUGUCAAUAGCAGCUUAAUGGAGAACAAUGGUAAUGGAGAUGUAAACAAGGGCAAUAGAAAGGCUUACAGAGAUGAGAAAGAUGAGUUGAAGGAUGGAUUAGCUCAGAGAGACGCUGAUGAAGAAAUUUUAACAAGAGAGGAGAAAAAUAAUCCAAGAAAAGACAAGCCAUUUACCGAAUUGCUGAAGCUUGGAAACGAUGAAAGCAAAGAAGAUGGCAAUAACACAACACUGGAAACUACUAAUCUGCAGCGGGUGAUGAACAACGGAAUUAAUGCACACCCAGAAGAGCAUGAAGACAACCUUGUUCAACAAAACUGGAGCAGGAGGCACAUCAACAAAGCUAGCAACAAUACUGAACAAACAAAAUCCAACAUGCUUCAUGAAGAGACUGAAGAAUUAGAGGUUUCCCGUGAACAAAAGCAGGAGAAAGAUGUGUCUGAUGAUGGUGGUGAUGAUGAUGAAGGUAAUGAUAAUGAUUUGGUCCAGGAAUCCCAAUCUGAAUUUGAAGAUGUGAAGGAGGAAUACAGGGAAGAAAUAGACGAGUCAGAGUUUCAGCCUGAUUUGUAGUUAAAUUGUGUUUAUGGUGCCCAUCUAUAUUAGUUUGUUGUGCUUAGAUAUAUUUUGACUUAAAAGGUUGUAACAUCUUUAGGAAGUAGAUGUCACUGAAACCUUUCUUUCAGAUUUGUGUAUGAAUUCUGAUUCUGGAUGCAUGAUUUCUGCACCACCGUGGUCACAUUGCCUUUGAUUUCAAAUUUUCAAUCCAUGAUGUUGUUUUAGAUGUUUGAAGAUUAGUCAGCAGAAUUCAUGAAUUUUGGUUGGGAAUUAUUAACGGUAUGUUCUGUACAACC